AUGACGACGUUUGUAACUCUCCCGAACGAGCUGCUGCUCGGGAUUGCUCGAAGUGUCGACCAGAGAGCCGAUUUGCACGCCCUCACUCUGGUCAGCAAGCAGUGCUACGACGUUGUCGACUCGGUUCUGUGGCAGCGCGAGGUCUCCCUUAAUCGACCUGGGCCAUUGCAUUGGGCCAUUGGAGAGGGCAACAUCUCUCUCGUCAGGAAGGCUCUCGACCAUGGUGCUGACCCAAACCAGCCUGCCUACCGCCGUUGGCCGAAAGUACAGGCCGAUGAGAAUCACUGGUGGGACUAUACACCACGUUUUAUUAGCGACCAGAGCUUCACUUCAAACACCCAUUCCCGCAACCAUGAUAGCGUCGAUAGUUCCUGGGCCGAGUUCGGUCGGGCAUGCUGGCGCCCGCUUCACCUUGCCGUCACCAAAGGCAGGACCGAUAUAGUUGAGAUGCUUCUCGACCGUGGGGCCGCAAUAGAUGAGUUAUCAUGGCGUCUUUGCGAGUGUCUGCCACAUCCAUCAUAUGACUUGUUCCCUACCCUCACCACUACAGCCGAUGGUCAGGGCCAAGGCUUCAUGGACAUAAAGGAUGGUGGAUGGACCCCCCUUCACGUGGCCAUAUGCCAUGAAGAUGUUGAGAUGGCGAAGCUGCUCCUUCGCCGUGGGGCAUCGACAGACACUCACCGGGAUCUUCGAUGGAACCACAAUGCCUUCAGUGAACCAUCUCACGGAGGGAAUAUCACAGCCAUGCACGAGGCUGCGCGUUACGGUCUUCUGGAUCUCAUGGUCUUUCUAGUUGAAGGAGGAUACCAGUCUAUCGACACAGAUUCAGAACUGGUUGGGAAGCCCAUCCAUCUCGCCAUAUGGAACGGGCACUUCGAUACGGUUGUGCCAUGGCUAAAGGAACAAGGUGCCAGUUUAGACGAGGUUUCCCGUGAGACAGGCACGACUCCACUUCUUGUAAUGUCCAAAAAGAGCCAGCUUGACAGCGUUGUUCAGCUCAUUGAGCUUGGAGCCGACGUCACUUCUCGUUCCGGUACCCAGCCCGCUAACACAGCGCUGCACUUGCUGGCAUACCCACCGCCAGGUGAAAUAGAUAAUCCAUGCGGAAACCAAAGUGCCACCAAAUCAGAGGUUGUCAAUCUUCUUGUUUCUAAGGGCCUUGAUGUUGAUACGCCAGAGACAGACACUGGGUACUCGGCACUCAUCGUUGCAAGUGGCCAUUGCGACCUUGAUAUGAUGCGAGCCCUGCUCGAGUGUGGUGCCGACCCCAACUAUAGGGAUCUCGAUGGCUCAACCGCGUUCAACAAGGUUGGCCUGCUAACUGAGUCCCUACAACCUCGUAUCUACGAAGCAGGUCGAAUGCUGAUUGACUGGGGUCUGGAUAUUCAAGGGCCUUUCGGUGAGAACCAAACAACUCCGCUCAACUCGGUGUGCCUAGCUCGCGCACGACCUGUGAUCAAUCCGUUUCGCGACAAUCCGUUCCGCGAGAGACAGUUUCUCAACCUCAUAAAGCUUCUGCUGACUCGGGGGGCGGAUCCGAACGAAACAGGCCGGUUCAGCGCUGGCCCAGUCUCACAGGCCAUCUACAGCUGCGCAUUUGACAUGGCAUCUCUCCUGCUUGAGAAUGGCGGCCGGCCACAAGUGAAUGACCUCGAACUUCUUUUAAAGCCAAUGGUACUUAGACCGACCUAUCAGCCUGGCCUUGUGUCAUACGUCCUUCAGCUCGACUACCAGAGAUAUGGUGUCCUCCGACCCUCGAAUGCUUUUCUGGACGACUUGAUAAAGAAGUCCUUUAUCCAAGGUGCUUGGCAAGCCACAGCAGAGCUUGUGGAGCACCACAGAAGCUCAGCAUUGCCACCCAAUGCCCUUCACCGCGCCCUAGACCGCUUCACCCAAGCAUUAAACACUACAAACAAUCUCCUACUGCCGUUGGUUCGAGCACUCCUCAAGAACGGGGCUGACCCGAACAUCACUUGGAAGGGUGAGACCGCUUUAUACUAUGCAGGACGAGCUGUCGUCCUCGAAGAGUGUGUCAGAGAACUCGUUGCAGCCGGGGCUGAUCUGGACAUAACCACACCGAAAAUGCCCGAAGGAGCGUUACUCUUCCUUUUCAAGAAUGGUCGCCACUGCGCCCUGGGUCAUAUCAUCGAGCAUGAUGACAAGAUACUCCAUAAUCGGCCCAAGGAAUUUCAUUCCAAGUGCUGGGAAUAUCUCCUCCGGCCCGGGGCCAACAAGGACCUGACUGGAGAUGCUCUAUACCCCGCGGCUGGCGAACAAGAAGCUAUCUGGGCAAAUACUGACAGCGCAACGGGUGAAAUUGACCUUGACGAGGAAGACUAUGAUCUCACCCCCAUUGCCUGGCAGCCAAUCUGCGAGUACAUCAAACGUGGACUUAGAACAGAUGUUGAUCUCGAGCGUGGGGGCACGCUGCGGAAGACAAUACAAAGAGUCAUGUCACGAUGCCCCAGCGAGUACUAUGGAGUGAGAGGCGAGAUUCUUGAAAGUCUGGGUCUUUCAGAGAAAGAACUAGGCUUGGUAAAUGAACUGAGCGAAUACGAGCAAUGGAAGAAGCAAACCAGCUUGCGGGACGGACUGUCAUUCCAUUAG